GCUAGUGAAUCGAUGAAGCCAGGUGAUUUGGACGAACAAGAGGACUUUCAGGCUAGUGAAUCGAUGAAGCCAGGUGAUUUAGACGAACAGGAGCAACGAAUAUUUGAAUUGAUCCAAAAAAAUGAAACCAAUGAGGUGAUAUCAUUGUUCAGGAAUGGAAAGGCUCGAAUCAGCUGCCUUGAUGCCAAUGGGAUGACUCCCUUGGAUCAAGCGUGUUUCAAAGCGAAUCAACAACUAGUGGAAUAUCUCAUCAAAAACGGAGCCGAUCCGAACACCAAUCAGCAUACUCAUGGCUAUAGUGCUCUCAUGUUUGCCGCUAUUUCUGGACAACCCGAAAGUCCCGAAAUUUGUCGUAUAUUAUUGGAUGCAGGAGCGCAUGCUUACAAAACCAAUUCCAUCAAUAAGACUGCUUCCGAAAUGGCUGCAUUCGUUGGUCAGCACGAGUGCGUAAGUGUCAUCAAUAACUAUAUUGGAAUGGAUGAAAUAGAACGCUUGGUGCACCCCAAAGGCAAGGACAGUGAAGAAAUAUUUCCAGAAGAAUUUUGUGUUCUAGUACAUUCGAUCACAAAAACACAUCAAAUCCAUCCGGUAAAGAUCGUGUUCUUUGUUCACGAUAAUGAAUUGAUUCUGAAUUAUCGAAAAAAGUUCCUAUACAUAGUUGAUCGAUUGUUCGAACGUCAACUGCGGUGCAAGGAAUCGAAUGAGGUGAUGUCUCUGAAACUGUGGCUCAUCUUGUUCACGCUGAGAGAAACGCUGAAGUUUGUUGAUUCGAAUGCCAACUCUGGUAAUUCUGUGGCGCAUCUUCUACAUGCAUAUGCGAAAUUUUUGAUUAAAAUGGAACCCAACGAAAGGAUACGACCGAAUCUGGAGACUCUUCUUAGGAAUGCUGUCCGUGCAUUCCCCUACCAUCAAUCUCUUCUGUUCCAAACACUCGUGAAAGCAAUCGCAGGAACAAAAUUUGGUGAUCGACCGGACGCAUAUUUCCACGUGGCAGGAACGUUGUUCGGUCAGCGAGCAGCCGAAACAUGUCUGUUUUGUGCGGUGUGCGGUGUCUCUCAUGCCAGGAAACGGUGUAAGGCAUGCAAGUUGGGUUACUGCAGUGUCGAGUGUCAAAAAUUUGACUGGCCAUUUCAUAAGCGAUGUUGUUCGGCGAUGGCCAAGAUUUUAGAAGAGGAAGAAGCGAAUCGUGCAUCGUCGAUUCAGUAUAUUGAAGACAUACCAAUCGGUAGUGAGGGUGAGGACACUGAGAAUGCAUCUCAUGUUGACUCGAAUGAAAUAAAAUCAGACGUGGCCCACUUAGAAGAUGUUGACGUAUCGGCUUUAUCACUUAACGAUCAAUCGAAAAAACUUCAAAAAAAAAACCUGUUAGAAAGUCGUUCAUUUUCACAAGACGGAUCGAGUAGCGCAACAUCUGCUUUGCCACACCUCGUUAAAACACGCUCGAGUUUCGCAAGCUUGGCAAAAAUGUCGUCGGUUUUCAUUGAGAGUUUGAAUCCAUCGACCGGUGAACGCGAAUGGAAAGUGGCCGAUGAAGAGUAUGAUUUAACACAGGAAAUAGCGAGGAGUGCGUUCGGUGAUAUGUUGCAUGAUACAGAACGCAAUCAGAUGUUCGAUAAAGCCUUACAAAAUAUCGUCAACGAGGUGCAUAAACGUGGUGAGAAGGCUCGAGUUGUGGACAUAGGAACUGGUACAGGUCUAUUAUCGCUAAUGGCAGCUCGUGCUGGUGCAGAGCAUGUCACUGCAAUCGAAGUGUUCAAACCGAUGGCUGACUGUGCUCGAAAAAUCAUUCGAAAUAGUCAAUAUUCAUCCCGCAUCGAUUUGAUUUCAUCUCGAUCCACUGACCUAUCAAAAGGCGAUGUUAGCGAUAAAGGGAACAUAAUCGUUGCCGAGGUGUUCGAUACGGAAUUGAUUGGUGAAGGUGCGUUACGAACGUUCAAAGAAGCGCACAACACUCUUGUUGGGGACGAUUGCCGAGUUAUUCCAUCAUCAGCGCGUGUUUGGAUAAUGCCAGUGCAAAGCGAGUUCCUCGCUCGGUUCCACCGAACCCCUUCAAAAUCGUUUCAAACGCCUUUUGUUGACUGUCCAGGCGCGGCAGCGGUUUUUGACUUACAAAUUUCGCGAGUGUCAUCGGAACAAGUCGAUUGUCUCUGUGAUCCAUUUGUUGCAUUCAGUUUCAACUUCGAAGACGCUAGUUCAAUUGUGUACAACGAGUCAUUUGUUCAUCAGUUCAAAGUGAAAAAGCUUGGGAAGUCUCGAGUAGAUGCAAUUCUAAUGUGGUGGGAUCUCGAUAUGGAUGGCACUGGUGAACAUAUACUGAGCAUGGCUCCGUCAUGGCUUAAUAGCAAAGCGCAGUGGCGAGAUCACUGGAUGCAAGCAGUUUAUUAUCCACCAAAAAGCAUAGAAGUAUCCUUCGACCAAACUGUGAAUCUACAAUGUUCGCAUGACGAAUUUUCAAUGUGGUUCACAGUUGAGGAUACCGCUAGUAUCAAUAAGGUAGAUGCUCCGGUUUGUUCAUGUGGUCUGCAUGUGCUGUGUUCAAGGAAUGCAAUUUAUCGAAUGAAUGAGUUGGACGCUCAAACGUCGUUCAGUAAUGCAAUCAUGAGGGAAUGCACUGGAAAAUCAGUUUUGUGCAUAAACGAAGGCUCAUUCAUAGGAUUGUUGGCGUCGAAAUUCGCGAACGAUGUGACGGUGGUAGAGCCAAAUUCACAUUUUCGUUCUGCUCUUGAAGCGUAUUGCCGUCUCAAUGACAUUGACAAUGUGACGCUAUUGGAUACUGACGAAGAGUUCAUGAAACCGAAAGGUAUUUUGUAUGGGAUGGCCGUAGAAUUUGACGAUUUGUGGAAGAUCGCUGCACCAGUCGGAUGUGUUGAAGGCUUUGAUCUGGACCAAUUCGACAAAAUCUGUCAAAAAGCACGAUCGGCGGUUGAUGCCAUUGUUGAGCCACAACCCUUAUGGGAAUAUGAUUCUAUUUGCACAUCAGAAUGUUCAACUGCCACUCAUCAGGCUUGUUUUAUGUGUUCUUCUAAUGAUGAACAUUCUUCACCUGAAUUACUUUGUCCUGUCAUUCAUUGUAUUCUUAUUCUUACGAGAGAGAGAGCAUAUAACGUGUAUGGCAUUACUGGGAAGUUGUUUAUUUUCACAGGAAUACGUUCACAGAAAUGCUCUUGCAGGAAAGGUACUAAUGCAGUUACUUUUUGGAUGGAUUGGAUGUUGAACGACUAUCGCAUGCAGAGUGGUCUCAUCGAGCACUGUGAGCCUGGUCAACGACCAAAGUGGUCUGUGUCGCAUCGUCAGGGUGUAUUUUUUGUGCCGUCACAACGACUCAAUGAGACUUUUACAUGCAUCAACUGUGAACUCGAAUUCUGUUCAGACGAUGGAAGCAUUCAAUUCAGUUUCUCGUUCAAAUAA